UAGGAUUAGAAAAUUCCCUCUUACCUACCUAUAUUCUCAUAGUCACGGACUGCGAGGAAAAAUUUCUCUGUACUAAGGUUGUCUUCAACUUUCUGCCAUCAUGAUUUUGCACGACAUUCCUAUUCGCAAUGUCGACAUAACGUCUCCUUUUUGGUCUCGAAUGCAGCAAUGUUCCCGCCAAAAAACAAUCCCGGCCACUGUGAAGGCACAGAAAUCGCUGGAUCAUUGGUACUGCUUAACAUGGAAAGAGGGCCACCAGACCAAACCCCAUCCAUUCUGGGAUAGUGAUAUUUACAAGGUCGUAGAGGCCGCAUGCUACUUCCUUAUAAAGCACCCAGAUGAUGAGAUGAUGGCCAUGGUAGAGGAGGCGGUGGAUAUGAUUCGGAACGCUCAGCAUCCCGAUGGAUAUAUCAACUCGUACUACACAGUCCAUGGAAUCAAUAAGCGGUGGACAAAUCUACGCGAUAUGCAUGAAUUGUACUGCUUAGGUCAUCUAAUCGAGGCUACUGUCGCAUACGAGACACUGACCGGAAGUGGGAGGCUGCUGGCGCCAGUAUUGAAGGCAAUUGAACAUGUGGACUCUGUCUUCGGGCCUGAACCCGGCAAGAAGCGUGGCUACCCUGGACACCAGGAGAUCGAAAUCGGCCUCCUUCGGCUCUACGAACUCACAGGGAAGCAACUUUUGUUCAAACUUGCCAAGUACUUCAUUCUCGAGCGUGGUCAGACAGAUGAGAACAACGAGAUCUAUUUUGACCUGGAAGCGAAAGCUCGUGGAGGCGAUCCCUAUGACCACAUGGGGCCGGAGUGCAAAGCCUGGUACAGUGAGCCACGAGAUUAUGGCUACCACCAAGCGGAUUGCCCUCUUGUGAAGGCCAACGAGGUAAAAGGUCACUCUGUGAGAGCCAUGUACUAUUAUACAGCUGCAACAGAUCUGGUGCGACUCGCUGGUGACGAAGCGAAGGAUGUCAAAACCGCUCUAGAUCGACUGUGGAGGGAUAUGGUUGAUCACAAGAUCUAUGUUACUGGCGGCCUAGGAUCAGUGGUCCAAUGGGAAGGGUUUGGUGCUCCAUAUUGCCUUGGGGAUACCGAUCGAGAUGGCACAUGUUAUGCUGAGACGUGCGCAACUUUCGCUCUGAUUAACUGGUGCCAGAGAAUGCUGCGGCUCAGCCUACACAGUGAAUACGCUGAUAUAAUGGAGGUCGCCCUCUACAAUGGAUUCCUAGGUGCUGUUGGUCUCGAGGGAGACUCAUUCUACUACCGGAACGUCUUGAGGACUUUCAACGGGGAGCCCAAGGACCGUAGUAAAUGGUUCGGGGUCGCUUGCUGUCCACCAAACGUGGCUAAACUGCUGGGAUCAAUAGGGUCGCUGAUAUAUUCUGUGAACUCUGAGGAGAAUCUCGUCGCCGUGCACUUAUAUAUUGGCAGCGAAUGCACAGUUCCCGGUACAAAUGUUAUCAUCUCUCAGAAAACAGACAUGCCCUGGUCUGGGGAAGUCGAGAUCGAUGUCCGGGGUUCGACAGCCUUGGCCCUUCGCAUACCUAGCUGGGCCCAGGAGUUUACUUGUUCGGCUCAAGGCGACGUCAAGGACGGCUAUCUUCACCUUCCCCCACUAGCGGAUUCAAAGAUCAAGCUCAAUUUCCCUAUGAAAGCCCGCAGAGUUUACGCCAACCCCCUGACCGGCAAAGAUGAAAUUUGCAUUAUGAGAGGCCCUCUUGUCUACUGUAUCGAAGACAUCGAUAACAGCGACGUUGACGUCGACCAUAUUGCGUUGGUGGACGCACCUUUGAAAGAAGGAUUGCCCAAGAAGAUUGCCUCUGUUGAUGAUGUCAUUCCUAUUAUUGCUGUAGGGAAACAGCUCGCAAACAAGAAGUGGACCAGCUUGUACGGAUCGAUUCCCUGGAGUUAUGACUCCAAUGUUACUGAGAUACACGCCGUUCCGUACUUUUUGCGCGCGAAUCGAGGUGGCAAAGGAGGAAUGAGGGUUUGGACGAAGAGGCUGGCUACCUCUCAGGGAGUAGUGAAUGGAGAUCCCUGAACAUCGGCUAGACUUCGAUUAGAUGAUAAUGUUUGGAAUCCCAGGCUUUCGCUCAGAAAAUUACAUUCUAUCUAUGCAGAACUUGAGUCGAUUUGCGAUCUUGUCUGAACGUUGAUGCUUUAGUACAAAGGAC